AUGGCGGCGCGGGCCACCGUCGUCCUCUGCCUGCUGCUCUGCGCCACUACUUCCCUCGCGCAGUCCCCCGCGUCCGCGCCGGCCAAGGCGCCGCCAACCAAGUCCUCCUCCAAAUCCACGCCGGCGCCGGCCGCCACGCCCACCUCGCCGUCCGACGCGUCCGCGUCCACGCCGGCCGCCGCGCCGUCCGCGCCCGCGCCCAAAUCCUCCUCCAAGGCGAGUCCAGCGCCGGCCGCCGCGCCAACCACCUCCCCGCGGCGGCGCCGGCCAAACCCAAGGCCAACAAGGCCCCCGCGCCCGCGCCGCCGACCAAGGCCGCCGCCCCUGCCCCGGCCACGCCUGCUCCCGUCGCCACUCCGCCCGCGGCGGCGACGCCUCCCACCGCCUCACCGCCCGCGCCCGUGGUGCCCACCGCGGCGCCGGCGCCGGAGACCAAGCCCGUGGAGGCCCCGGCCCCCGCGCCCGCCAAGAAGAAGAAGCCGUCGUCGUCCUCCAAGGACAAGAAGAAGAAGAAGAAGGGCGCGUCCGCGCCUGCUCCGGCCGCCGAGGCACCAGUUGCUAAGAAGAAGCCCAAGACCGCCGACGCGCCCACGUCCGCGGCCGAGGCACCCGGACCCAGUGGCGAUGCCGCCGCUGCCGACACCGCGAGCGCCGCUGGGAGGACACUGGCGGGCGUGA